AUGUCAAUAGAUAUUAAAAAGAGUAGAGCUUUUAUAACAUUUAAAUAUAAAGGAAAGAGUUUAGAAGAACUUUUAGAAAUGAGUGUAAUGGAGUUUGCAGAAUUGAUACCAUCAUCAGCUAGAAGACACUUAAAAAGAGGAAUUUCAACCGAAGAGUAUGAAUUGAUAAAGAAAUGUGAAUCUUAUCUUAAAGAAGCUAAAAAGAGUGAUGAAAAACCAAAACCAAUUUUAACUAAAGAAAGAACAACAAUAAUUCUGCCAUCAAUGAUUGGAGUAACAAUUGGAAUUCAUCGCGGUAACGGAUAUUUUCCAGUAGAAAUUAAACCCGAAAUGAUAGGAAAGAGAUUGAGAGACUUUGUUUGUACCAAGACACAUCCAAGUCACGGUAGAAAUACAGUUGGUGUGAUUUCAAGUAAGCCAGUUAGUUUGUUAAAAUAA